AUGCUUUUGAGUCGGAGAGCUGCUACUGCUGUGGCUGCCAAUCUGUCGUUGAGUUGCUGUUCCAGACAUUCGCUACUUAUUUUUAGUCUAUAUUCAUUCAAUGACGAUUUUUCUCAUUUGAAUCUCAACAAGGCCUAUAUUGACAAAAUAGCUCCAUAUUUGUCCAACCUAGGGCCUUAUCCUCCAAAUUCAAAAUAUAUCAACAAACAUCAUUUUUAUCAUAAUACUACUUUAGAUUUUUGGCUAGCUAAAAAACCACAUCCAAUGACUCUUCGACAGUUGGUUUACUAUGGCAAAAAAUUAAAUAAGGAUAAGAUCCUAGCUAGUGCUAAUUUUGUUAGAGAGGAAAUUCCAAUCAGAAUUGCUUAUAAGAUUAAAGAAUUGCAAUUAAAACCAUUCUCAGUCAUAAAUAAUUAUCAUUUGGUUCAAGUCUAUGAAAGUUAUUAUGGCAUCUUUGAACAAUUUAGAAAAAUUAAAACAAUUCUGAAUUUAGAAGAAAAUGAACAUUUUUGUUCAAUUUUACAAAACUUAUUAAGAUUAAAUUUAUUGAAUUUACCUCAUAUUAUGAUGGGUGCUCUAGAAUGUUCAAUCUCUCAAAAUUUGUCUCAAAGAGAUUUAGACGAUUUCAUGAGUUCAAUGUUAAGAUCAAGAAUCUCAAGAAGAAUUAUUGCCGAGGAACAUUUAUCUUUAACUGAUAAAUAUAAUUUUUCAAAAGAUCCAAAUUAUAAAUCUAAAUCUAAAUCAAAAUCAAAAUCAAAUGACAAUAAUAAUAAUGAUAAUAAUGAUAACAAUGAUAAUAACGAGUUCUUUGGGGAUUUAUUUGUCAAAUUAUCUGCAAAGGAAAACUUACAAUAUUGUGGAGAACUUGCUUUAAAUUUCACCAAAAGUCUAUAUCCAAAUGAUUAUCUAAUGCCUAAUUUAAUUAUUGAAGGUAAAGAUAUCAUUUUCCAAUUUGUUCCAACUCAUUUAAGAUAUUUAUUUGGUGAAAUCUUAAGAAACUCUUAUGAAGAAACAAUGAUUAAUUUUGUAAAUAAAAAUCUUUCAAAUUUUCAAAAAAAUCAAGAUUUCUUUAAACAAAAUAAACCUCCUCCAAUAACUGUCACAAUUAUCAAUAAUAAAGAAAAUAUCUUAUUUAGAUUUAGUGAUCAAGGUGGGGGUUUAAAAAAUAACAUUCCCAUUGAAAAAAUUUGGUCUUUUGGUAAAAAUCCAAAAUUUGCAAAACAAUCUUUAAUGAAUUUUCAUAAACUACCUGGUUUAGAUUUAGCUACCAACUAUUUUGAUUUAGAAACCAAUAUUCAUUCAUCAAUGAAUAGUAAUUUACAUAUUCAAAGAAAAAAAUCAAAAGUUGAAAUUAAUCAAUUAUCUUCAACAUCAAUUCCUGUGGAAUCUUCUUUGGUCAAAUUAAUUAAAAGACCUUUAAAUUUUAAGCUUGGUCUAGGAUUGCCAAUGUGCAAAGUUUAUGCUGAAUAUUGGAACGGUGAUAUUAAAAUGAAUUGUUUAAACAAUUAUGGUACUGAUAUAUAUUUAAAAUUAAGAAAAUUAAAUUCUUUAAAUGAAAAACCACAAUUAGAUAGAGCUUAGACGAGACAUUUCUUUAAUUGUUAUCUUUGUGAAGUUAUGUUUUUAUUAUCAUUCCUAACAUUCAUAUCUAUAUUU